UUUCUAAACAGCAAAAAGGGUAAAGGAAACGCAGCAGCCAUUGUAGUGGGCGGCGCCCUUGAGGUGCUGGACACCAUUCCCAAUAAGAUGAACUUGACGCUGAAAAAACGAAAGGGCUUUGUACGACUGGCGCUGAAGCACGGUGCCAGCCUAGUUCCGGUCAUUUCUUUUGGUGAAAACGACCUCUUUACGACAAUGCACGAGGAGGAGUCGCUGUACAAUCGAAUUCAGGAGAAGAUCAUCAAGGCGAUCGGCUUUCCGAUUCCGGCGUUUUAUGGUCGAGGACUGUUUCAGUACUCCUUUGGCAUUGUGCCCUUCCGAAAGCCGAUCACCACUGUUGUGGGCAAACCAAUCGACACCGAGGCGACGCCCAAUCCGACGCAGGAGCAAAUUGACGCCCUUCACCAGACGUACAUUGACGCCGUUGUGCAGUUGUUUGAGGAGAACAAAGACAAGUACGGCGCCGCUGAUGUGGUGCUCAAAAUUAA